UGUGCAACUACUUGUUGGCUAGUUCUCCGGCUAGGGGUGCAGGGCACAUCAACAUCAGCAGGUUGAAAUCGAUCUCAAACAGAGAGGUUAAAGGAUCUGGAACCACAUUCCACAUUUGUAUGCAUAUGAUGAUGAAGAUAGUGGCGGAGCUAUAAUAUCCACGGCACGAGAAUGUUAAGUGUUUCUACGACACUAAUGCCGGCGAACCGGCAUGGGCACGCGCGAGGUGUACGAGGAGAAGCUCCGCAGCGGCGCGCACCUCCACCGCGACCCCACCAUCAACCCCGGCCUCGGCUCGCGCCACUGCCCGCGACGCCUCUCCCUCCUCAACCCCACCGGUGGAGAGGGGGACUGGGCCAUCACCUCCGUCCUGCACGACGCCACCGCCGUGGCUGGUUCCGUUGCCGGGGCGAUGCUCAGUGCCGUGCAGGGGUUUAACACAGGGAUCCCGUUUGUCCAGAAGCACGUGAAGGGGCCGAAGUGGCUGCACUUGCUUCUUGGGGUGCCACCACUUCUGUUGUUCUCAGGUGCCAGUGCUGUAUUUGGUGCGUAUGCACUUCCAAGGUUUGCUCAGCUCACCGUGACGUCUUACUACGCGGCAUCAAGUGGCUCUCACUACUCAGUUUCAAAGAUCACCCGCCAAAUCGAAAGCGUUCAUUUGUCAGAUACUGACGAGAAAUCUAGAUGAGUAUUUUGCAGUCAGUCUUCUAUUAUAUUGAUUCCAUGUACAUGGUAUACAAGUUCGUUUAUUGCUUUUGCCAUGUUGCAGUACGUACAGUGGUAGUUUUGCGGUGUUCGAGACACUCAAACCUGUUACCAUCAUAGAGGGAAUUAUAUAGCUUUGCUUAUGCCACGUUGAUAUUAAA